GUACAAUUUACAAUUAACGGAAUACUAUAUAUGGUAUCCAGUGAUAGUAUACCCAUUAGAAUGUCCCUUCUUUUCUACAUCCGUGAAUAUGUGGGUCUUCGAGGUACAAAAGCGAUGUGUCACGAGGGUGGUUGCGGUGCUUGUAUCGUAAGUGUAACAUACAAAGACAAAACAAUAGCCGUGAAUUCUUGUCUUGUACCGGUACUGAUCUGCCAGGGAUGGAAUAUUUUCACGAUUGAAAGUCUAGGUAACAAGCAAAAUGGUUAUCAUAAGAUUCAAGCUGUGCUUGCUCAUAAAAAUGGCUCGCAAUGUGGAUAUUGUUCUCCUGGCAUGGUGAUGAAUAUGUACACUCUCACACUUCAGAGUUCGAAUAUAUCUAUACAGCAAAUCGAAAAUUCAUUUGGUGGCAACAUUUGUCGAUGCACCGGAUAUCGUGCAAUCUUGGAUGCGUUCAAGGGAUUUGCUACCGAUGCACCUCCAUCCAUGGUGAAAGACAUUCAAGAUAUUGAGGAAUUAUACAAGAUCAAACCUUGCCGAAAAAAUAGAAUGUCGUGUGUACGUAGUUGCUACGAUAAGCAAUCUUCUGAUGAAAAAAAAAUGUUGAGCAUAAAGAGAAACGAAAACGUACAUUUCUACAGAGUUUUAUCAAUUGAGGAUCUAUUUGCGAUAUUUAAAGAAGACCCACUCGCCUCGUACACAUUAAAUGGAGGAAAUACUGCGGAAGGUGUUUAUCGUUCGAGCAUAAAAGACAUCUAUAUUGAUAUAAACUACAUUCCAGACUUGCAUAACAUUGAAAAAACUGAUUGCACUUUGGUCCUAGGAGGAGGUAUAACCUUUACCGUAGCACUACAGACAUUUCAAAAAUAUUCAUACGACAUCGGAUUUAAAUAUCUAAGUCAGUUGGCUCAGUAUGUAGAAAUGAUUGCAAAUGUUCCCGUGCGAAAUAUUGGUACCAUAGCCGGGAAUUUAAUGCUGAAAUAUCAGCAUAAAGACUUCUCAUCCGAUUUGUUUUUGAUGUUAGAGACUGUCGGUGCUCAAGUACACGUCUUAGAAAGUCCCUCCCAAAAGAAAAGUUUAUAUUUGUGGGAAUUUCUAAACCUCCCCGAUAUGCACCAUAAAAUUAUCUAUAGCAUUGUGUUACCAUCGCUAGAUGAUUUCAAGUACGUAUGCAGAUUUUACAAGGUCAUGCCUAUAGCCCAGAACGCCAAAGCUCACGUCAACGCCGGCUUCCUCUUCAAACUUGACCUUGACGGCAAGGUAUUGGAGUUGCCUAACAUUAUCUUCGGUGGCAUCGAUACGAAUUUUCUUCAUGCAAAAAAAACGGAGAAAGUUUUGGUAGAUAAAUCUAUCAUCAAAAAUCUACGUUCAACGCUUAAAGAAGCCUUGGAUACAUUGCAUAGCGAAGUGUAUCCUAAUCAUGUGCUACCGGAUUAUUCGCCGAAAUUUCGCAAGAUUCUCGCAGAAGGAUUGUUUUACAGAUUUAUAUUAAACAUAAAUCUGAACAAACCUAAUAAUAUAAGUCCAUUUUAUCAUAGUGGAGGUACUUUAUUAGAACGAGGUCUUUCAUCAGGAAAACAAAACUACAUUACGCAUGUGGAUUUGUGGCCAAUAAAUGAGCCUAUGCCAAAAUUAGAAUCUCUCAAGCAGACAUCAGGCGAAGCCCAAUAUUGCGAUGAUCUGCUUCCAUUUCCUAGAGAAGUAUUUUGCGCUUUUGUCGUCACAAAUGUUGGCAAUGGCGAGAUCUGUGGAAUAGAUGCAAGUUGGGCUCUUCAAAAGGAGGGUGUAGUGGCGUUUUUCAGCGCCCAGGAUAUACCAGGAAAGAAUUUAUGCAUUUCUGCCGCCAGCAAGUUGAUGUCCUUGCCAGAGGAUGAACUAUUGUUUGCCGAAAAGGAUAUUUUGUAUGCUGGCCAACCGGUUGGCGUAAUCGUCGCGGAAACGCAUAAUGUGGCGAAUGAAGCUGCAAAAUUGAUAGAAAUUACAUAUAGCGAACGUAUGAAAAAUCCAGUGAUAAGUAUUGAGGAUGCUCUUGAUGUGGGUGAUGAAACUAGAAUUAGGCAGAGCAUCAAAAUUCCAGCAAAGAGGAAAGGGAACGAUAUUGAACAUGUAUUAAAAGGUGUUUUUCAAAGCGGUGGCCAAUAUCAUUACCCCAUAGAGACUCAAUUUUGCGUAUGCGUUCCUGUAGAGGGUGGUAUGGACGUCUAUCCGUCAUCACAAUGGAUGGAUCUCAUUCAAGUAUCGAUCGCAAAUUGUCUUAAUGUUCAGAAUAAUAGCAUCAAUGUACAUGUCAGACGACUUGGCGGUUCGUACGGAUCAAAAAUCUCACGCAACGCACAAAUUUCAUGUGCUUGCGCAUUGGUAUGUCAUAAAUUGAAUCGUCCAGCGCGAUUCAUCAUGACAAUAGAGAGUAAUAUGCAAUCGAUAGGUAAGAGAUGUUCUGCGCGUCAAGAAUACGAUAUCGUUGUAAACAAUGAAGGAGUUAUACAGUAUCUCAUAUCAAAUCAAUGGAGUAACUGCGGUUCUAGUUUCAACGAACCACAAGCUGAAUUGGUAACUUUUUACAUGCAAAGAAGCUGCUAUUUAACCGAUACUUGGAAGUUCAACGGAUUCGAUGUGAGAACCGAUUUACCAUCAAACACAUUUUGCCGGGCAUCAGGAUCUACGGAAGCAGUGGCUAUAAUGGAAAAUAUAAUGGAGCAUAUUGCGAAAGUGACGAAGAAGGAUCCAAUUGAGGUCAGAUUAGCAAAUAUGAAUGAUAUGGAUAAAUCCGUACUAGAAACCAUGAUAAAAGAUUUGUCAAAUUUGACGAAUUACAACAUGAACAAGGAAUCCAUUGAUGACUUUAAUUUUCACAAUCGCUGGAAGAAAAAGGGAAUUGCCAUGAUACCGAUGAAAUAUUUGAUAACGUAUGAAGGACAAUUCGAGGCUAUUGUGUCAGUCUGCGCACGAGACGGUUCUGUAUGCGUGACGCACAGUGGAAUUGAGAUUGAUCAAGGUAUAAAUACCAAGAUUGUUCAAUUAACAGCUUGCAUACUGAAUAUUGAUAUCAAAUUAAUCUCCGUUAAACAAAGCAAUAAUUUAGCGACAUCAAAUAAAUCGACUACAGGGCACAGCAUUACUACAGAAUCCUGUGAAUACGCAACAAUUCAAGCUUGCACACAGAUUUUAGAAAGACUCGAGCCAAUAAGAAAAAAAAUGAAAAAUCCGACAUGGAGGGAUCUCAUUUUUAAAGCAUAUGAAGAAGGCAUUAGUUUAUACGCACGUUACAUGUUGAUGACUGGGCUAAUGCAAGCUAAGACGAAGCCUUACGCCGUUUAUGGCGUCACCUCUGCUGAAGUCGAGAUUGAUUUGUUGACCGGUCAGCAUAUUAUUAGAAGAGUUGAUUUGAUGAUCGAUGCUGGUUUAAGUAUGAAUCCGAAAAUUGAUGUUGGUCAGGUGGAGGGAGCUUUCGUGAUGGGAAUAGGAUACUGGACUUCUGAGGAUCUGGUAUAUGCUCCUGAUACAGGAGAAUUAAUUACUGAUAGAACAUGGAAUUACAAACCACCAGGAGCGAAGGAUAUUCCCGAAGAUUUUCGCGUAUACUUAUGCAAAAACUCAUACAAUGAAGUUGUUGUCUACGGUUCAAAAGCAAUCGAUGAAGCACCGCUUUGUAUGAGUUAUGUCAUUCCAAUAGCGUUUCGCUACGCAUUGAAUUCCGCUAGAGCAGAGGUAGGGAUGAAGGAAGAGUGGUAUCAACUGAGUAAGUGUUAUUCAGAANNUAUACUUCUAACUAGUUUAACCAGCAGAGAUAAAAUGGUGAUUUAA